AUGAUAUGUUGUAUGAAUGAUUAUAAUGAUUCUGGUUCUUUAAGAAAAGAAGUGUAUGUUUAUACCACUUGGCUAAAGCAAGAAUCUGGAGACUACUUCCAUUGUACCUGCAGUAUAUAUAGAACUUUAUUUGAUAUAGCUCAUAGCCAAACUCUAAAUUAUUCAAACAGGAAUAGCUGCAUGCACUGUACAUUCCUUAAGUGUAUUGUUCUUCCAAAUCUACAGAUAGAUGAAAGGGCUACAGAAACCAAAACCCGUAAAUUUGUUCAGGAGGGAAAGCAGUGUGCUGGCAAGGAUUUGAUUGAAUUAAGUGACUUUAAUGGUACACGGAAAUUUUCAGUUUUGGCAGAAGGAGAGACUAAACCUGUUUUUUUAUCACUGAGUCACAACAAGGCCAAAGCAAAUUAUACUGUGACCUGUCACAAUGGCGAGUGUCAAUCAAAGAAGGGACACAAACGAUAUUUAAAUAACUUGAAUUCUUCCAAUCUUUGCAGACAUUUAUUUGUGCUGAAACAUAAUCCAGAAUCCUGGAUUGAUUUGCAUGAAAGAAAUGCCACUAAUGAAACUUUUUUAGAUGACCAACUACUAGAUGAUGAAACAAAUGAUGAUGCUGGUGAUGGUGAUCCUGUUGAUACUAAUGACAAUUUUGAUCCUGAAACAGGUCUAUGGAAGUAUAAGUGUGAGAGCAGCCAUCCAGCAGCAGCUAGAGAGAGUGAUAUGUUGAGGCGUAACAUCAUCAAACGUGACGGAUGGAAUGAUUUGACCUUGAGUAGGCAGGCUGAUGGUUCAUUGAAGGGUCCCAAUUUCUAUCCAGAUAUGCCAGACAAUACAUGCUGCUGUGGAUCUGGAUGGUUGAAGCGAGAUGAUGAUCCAGAUUACUCUGAAAACGGGAAAUUGAUUCCUUUAGGUCGAGUUCUUACAGUUUACACACAGUUUGCGCCUGUGCAGUGUGAUGUUUACAAAAGAGUCUGUUACAACCCGAUAGACGACAGUCGCUGUGAACUUGCAUGGAAUGAAGGCCAGAGUGAAUCAAUUCAUGUUUUUAGUAGUAAAACAGCUGCAGGUGACGAAAUAGGAUGGGAGUUUACAUCAUCAGUAAUGAAAACUGGUUGCACUUUUUCAGCAUACUGUCAGAUGAAGGAUGAACUUUACAGAACUCGUGACCCAAAGGCCAAGUUUAUGGAUGCAACAGUUUUUUUAAAAUGGUGGUUUAGUUGGGCAGCUAAUAUGAACAUUGAUUUCAGACAACCAUGUGACAUUUGUAGGUAUGAGCCUAAUAGACUGUGCUGUGAUGGAACCAGAGUAGGCGUAGGUUUCCGUCAUUCAAAUUUCACAGAAAUAAGUAAACCUGAUAGUUCUUUACAGACACAGCAAACAUUGCAUCGACGGAUGGACAGAUGUUACCUGAAGAAUAAGCCUGGAGUUGAAAAGAGACAGAUGAUCGCUUAUCGUGAAGCAUUGGAUAAUAUAGCCCGAACUACAGUUGCAGAAUUUGAACCGUUAGAUAUUCCAGAAAAUAAUGAUAGAAUUAAUUUACUUAUGCAGGCUCUACCUGAGGAGGCUCAUCAAUCAUUCCAGCGAUUUACUCGAGGGAUGUCAGAAUUUGAAAGAGUAGCUUAUGCAUCUGUCCUUAAGAUGUUGGCUACAACAGCAUCUGUGACAAGCAUUUUGUCACCAGAAUAUGCACUUUUUCUUGCAGGAAUUUCUAACUAAUGAAAAUCUUUCAGA